ACAGUGGUUACAUACAGACGACAAGAGAUGUCUCCCACUACUACCAAAAUCAACAUAGCCCACUUCCAGCAGAAAAAUCAACAUAGCCCACGUGAUCUUGAUGAGUAAAAAUCAACUGUAGACUCCUCUUUUCCAUUUUUUUUUCUUCCACGGUAUGUCGCUGUAAGAAUAAUAAACAGCAAGUUUUUUCCUAAGCGUGAUGCCAAAAUCCCUCUAAUCUUAUCCGGUUACCUGAUUUUGAUCUUUCUAGAUCGAGUGUGGGUUCUUUUGUGUCUUUUUACUUGGGCUAAUGAUCCGGUGGUUAUUUGUGGAUGACAACUCGAUGUUGAUUAUUGGCAGAUCAUGUUGAUGCAUCUCCGAUCUCUAUGUAUCCUUCUGCCGCGUGAAAUCUGAUCUUCUAUCUGUAUAUAGAAAGAACCCAGUUGAACUACUCCAGGUGUAUUAUAAACUGCAUGAACUGUUGUUCUUUUUGAAGCUUUGAAGGAUUAAUUGAAUCCGGGUCUUGCUUGUCCUGCGGUGAUCUACCUGUGGGUCAUGCUGAAGGUCUCUGAGUGGAAAGUAUUUGUGAGGUGCUACAACUUUAUUAAUGGACUUUUGAUUGGUGAGACAUGUACGGUAAUGCCAAUUGGAUUUAGAUUGCGUGUUGGGUAUCUUGACUACACAGCAACCUAGAAAUUGAGCAACAGCUUCUAGUGGUAGGCCGCUUGUUUUGGUCUUUACAAGUUAGGAAUUGAUUUUCAACUUUGGGAAUUCCUCAGCAUCUUCAGUUUGGACUUCAACGUGCAAGUUUGGCUCUUAAGGUGCCAUAGGAGAUAUUCAAGUGCUGGCUGCAAUAUCUGGUCUCAUUUUCAACUAGUUUUCUCUGCCUGGCCCUUAAAAUGAGAAAAAUUAAGGUUUUUGAUUAGGUUUGUGAUUGAUGGCUUUUUUGUCUCUUAUUAUGGUUUGGUGUGAAGGAUAGAUGUGGAGAAAUUUGGUUAACAUCUUAGUUUGAUCCGGAAGAUCUUAAGUAUUUAUCAUGUCUAAUGAAAAGACUGUAGUUUGGUUUAGGAGAGACCUUAGGAUUGAGGACAACCCUGCCUUAGCUGCAGCUGCAAGAGAUGGUUGUGUUUUCCCUGUAUAUGUGUGGUGCCCAAAAGAAGAAGGGCAGUUCUACCCUGGUCGAGUAUCAAGGUGGUGGCUGAAGCAAUCUCUUUGUCAGUUGGGACAGUCCUUGAAAUCUCUAGGGGCUGAACUUGUGCUGAUCAAAGCUCAGAGUACUCUUUCUGCUCUCUUGGAGUGCAUCAAUGCCAUUGGAGCGACCAAACUUGUAUUCAAUCAUCUUUAUGAUCCUGUUUCACUUGUUCGAGAUCACAACAUCAAAGAAAAAUUAGUGGAGCUUGGCAUUUCUGUUCACAGCUAUAAUGGAGAUUUAUUGUAUGAACCAUGGGAAAUAUAUGAUGAAAAAGGACAUGCUUUUACAACCUUUAAUGCAUAUUGGGAGAAGUGCUUGCACAUGCAAAUGGAGUCUGUUUCACUUCUUCCUCCUUGGCGAUUGGAGGCAGCUGCAGGGACAGUUGAGAAAUUUUCUAUUGAGGAGCUGGGACUGGAAAAUGAAGCAGAAAAAGCUAGCAAUGCAUUAUUAGGGAGAGCAUGGUGUCCAGGUUGGAGCAAUGCUAAUAAGGUUCUAACGGAUUUCAUGGAACAUCAUCUGCAUGAUUAUUCAAAGAAUAGACUGAAGGUUGGGGAGAACUCCACCUCUCUCUUGUCCCCAUAUCUACAUUUUGGAGAGCUAAGCGUAAGGAAAGUAUUGCAGUGUGCUAGGACAAAGCAGAUUCUAUGGGCAAAAGAAAAUAAUUCGGUUGGGGAAGAGAGUGUGCUUCUUUUCCUUAGGUCUAUGGGGCUUAGAGAAUAUUCUCGUUACCUUUGUUUCAACUUCCCUUUUACUCAUGACAGAUCACUAUUGAUGAACUUGAGACAUUUCCCUUGGCAUGCAAACAUGGACAAUUUUAAGGCUUGGAGGCAGGGUCGAACUGGUUAUCCAUUAGUAGAUGCAGGAAUGAGGGAGCUCUGGGCUACUGGUUGGAUACAUAACCGAAUAAGAGUUAUUGUCUCGAGUUUUGCUUUGAAGUUUCUGCUUCUUCCUUGGAGAUGGGGAAUGAAGUACUUUUGGGACACACUUUUGGAUGCAGAUUUGGAAUGUGAUAUCCUUGGUUGGCAGUAUGUUUCUGGAAGCUUACCAGAUGGCCAUGAGCUGGAACGAUUAGACAGCCCACAGAUUCAAGGCUCAAAAUUUGACCCAGAGGGUGAAUAUGUGAGACAAUGGCUGCCUGAGCUAGCAAGAAUGCCAACCGAGUGGAUCCAUCAUCCUUGGGAUGCUCCUUUUUCUGUGCUUAAAGCUUCAGGGGUGGAAUUGGGAUUAAAUUACCCAAGGCCAAUAAUUAACAUAGAUUUGGCUAGAGAGCGUUUGACUCAAGCUAUAUUCAAGAUGUGGGAACUGAAUGCAGCCACAAAGACUGACAACUUGAAUGGGACAGAUGAAGUUGUUGUUGAUAACUCCGAGGCUGUUGAGACUAUGCCCAUCCCAGCUGUUAUUGUGAAUGGAAAAAGUCAUUUCCCUACUAUUUCAUCAAAUGAUCAGCAGGUACCUUCCAUGCAGAAUUAUAGGGAUGAGCCACCCAUUAGGAAGAGAUCAAAAUGUAAUGAAGAAGAAAAGCUACGGCCCAAUAAGUUGCAUUGUCACGACAGUGAAGCUGGUGUUUCAAGGACAGACAUGGACUUGUGCUCUACUGCUGAAUCUUCCGCAGCUAAGAGGGAAACAACCAGCAGAACUUCGUUUUCUGUUCCACAGGCUUAUUCAUUCUCAGAAGGCAAGCCUUUCCAAGAGCAUGAAUCAAAUCAACAACAGCAAAAGCAGAUUGAUAGAGAACAAAGUUCGAGAAAGGAAGGAGCCACGGGAUAGUAAUGGCAAUAGCAUAUGUCCAUACAUGAUAUUGACCCAGAAUUAAAGGAGUCGGUUAGUGCAUGAAUGAGGCAGCUUGUUUGUCAGUUGUUGGUUCUACUAACAUGAACGUGUAUGUAUAUAUAUAUAUAUAUAUAUCUCUAUGUAACAUACAUAUAUAUGUCAUAUAUAUACGUGUGGUUGGAUGCAAAUCAGCUGAUUAUAUAUUC